AUGGCUGGUGCCACGGUGAAGCCUUACUUGAUAAAGGGUGUCAAGUGGCUAAAAUUUCUGUGGCAGAAUGGGCUAAAUGGGAUACUAGAGGAUCCAGUGGAAUUCGGGGCAGUAUUCCAGACACUUUUAUUUCUUGCUCAUCUCAAGGAAAGUGGUUCGCACGGUCCAUACAUGAUAGUUACGGCCGAGCCCUCGAGUCAUAUCUCAUACUGGUUGAAAGGGAUAAGAUUGUUCCCCACUAUGAAGAAACUGAUUUAUUUUGGAGAUAAAAACAGUCGGGCAAACUGGAGGAGAGAGUUAGUGUACAAAAUUGUUGGCCCUGAUUUUCCGAUCAUAUUAACUACAUAUCGUACGGCCAUGUUAGACAAAGGAUGGCUGGCUGAUUAUAAGUGGAAAUAUGUUGUUCUGGAUGAGAGUGAUCAAAUGAAGAAGUGGGAAUACGAAAUAUUGGAGAAGUUAAAGCACCGGCCAGUGGAUAAUAAGCUCCUUUUGGUAAGGUCACAUUCUACAAAGAGCCUAGCAGAUCUGCGGUCGCUAUUGAAGUUUGCGUUGCCUCCUGUGCUCUCAUGUCUUGAGGAAUUUGAUUCAUGGUUUAAAUUUUCUGGCAAAGAAGGCGAGGAACAACAAACUGAAGAGGAAAGGAGGACCUAUCUUUCGAAGCUUCAUGCCAUUUUGCGUCCAUUCCUUCUAAGGCAGAUGGAGGAUGUAGAAAACAAGGUCCCCCAAAAGAAAAGUGCCACAUGCUACAAGGCUAAAGUUGUUCAGCACCCGAAUGCAAUUGGCGUCAAAUGCUCUAAAAACCAUGCAACGAAAGAAGUCACAAGGACUGGUGUUGAGAGUUGUCAAGAGGUAGCAGCAGAGUAUGUUUCUGAAACAAAUAGGAAAGGUAGUGCUGACAUGCGAUCCAGUCAAUUUUACCUGGAAGGCAAUGAGGUUGUAAAGAGGCAGCGAACAAAUGAUGCGCUUAUCACACCGCUUGGAGAAAGCAAUUCAGCUGUGCAUGCGCAUGUGCAAGUGACCAAGUCAACUUCCUCUGAGCUAAUCUUCAAGGCACUCCAAGACAUACCUGACUUGGCCCGUGCUGAUAUUCUAAGAGCUUACAGUACUCUUACCCGUGAUGAUCGCCAGUUUGAAUCUCUUAUGGUGCUCCCAAUGGACAUGAGGAAGGAUUGGCUGCUCAUGGAGAUUGGAAACAAGUAA